UGGGGAGAAGCGUGGAGCGACUCGGGGCGGUGGUGGCGACCCGGAGGCGGGCGGGGGAGGCUGCGGCGGCGGCUCCGCUGCUGGACACGUCCGCGCCGCCGCGCCGCUCGCAGCGCUGCUCCGCCGCAGCCAGCGGGGCGAGGCUGUGCCCGCGGCCCCGGCCCGGCGCGGGCGUGGCGAGAGGAGGCGGGCGGCGGAGCGAAGCUGGCUGCGGGGAGAGCGGGCAGCCGCCGCCGGAGGGACAGCAAACCUGGAAGAAAGACUUUGUCUUGGAGUUAACUCCUGAGCAUUUUGAGAUCAUUCAUCAUGAAGUAUGUAGUACAGGAAUGGCUCAGAGUAACUACCUUGCUAUUCAUAGCUCAAGCAGUUUCUGCAAUGGUUCUUCCCAAUGCCACGCUCUUAGAGGAACUUUUGGAAAAGUACAUGGAUGAAGAUGGUGAGUGGUGGAUCGCCAAGCAGAGAGGGAAAAGGGCUAUCACAGACAGUGAUAUGCAAAGUAUCUUGGAUCUUCAUAAUAAAUUACGGGGUCAGGUGUAUCCACCAGCUUCCAAUAUGGAAUAUAUGACAUGGGACACAGAACUGGAGAGAUCUGCAGAGUCAUGGGCUGAAACCUGUCUGUGGGAGCAUGGACCAGCAAGCCUUCUUCCAUCAAUUGGACAAAAUCUGGGGGCACAUUGGGGAAGGUACAGACCUCCAACAUUUCAUGUCCAAGCAUGGUAUGAUGAAGUGAAAGAUUUCACAUAUCCCCAUCCUCAUGAAUGCAAUCCGUAUUGUCCAUAUAGAUGCUCUGGUCCUGUUUGUACACAUUACACACAGGUUGUUUGGGCUACAAGUAGCAGAAUCGGUUGUGCAAUUAAUUUGUGUCAUAACAUGAACAUCUGGGGGCAGAUUUGGCCAAAAGCAGUUUAUCUUGUAUGCAAUUAUUCUCCUAAGGGUAACUGGUGGGGUCAUGCUCCUUAUAAAUCCGGCCGCCCCUGUUCUGCAUGUCCCCCUAGUUUUGGAGGAGGUUGUAGAGAAAACCUUUGUUACAGAGAAGAUUCAGAAAGACCGUAUUCCCCCCAUGAACCAGAAGAGGAAACCAAUGAGAUUGAACGCCAGCGAUCCAAAGCCCAGGAUGCAACUGUGCAAAGCCGGCCAAGAGCACAUCAGCCUUCAGCCUCCACAGGCACUGAUGAUAAUGAGAAAAAUGAAGUGAUAAGCACAGAGCAAAUGUCUCAGAUUGUUUCAUGUGAAGUAAGGCUAAGAGAUCAGUGCAAAGGAACAACUUGCAAUAGGUAUGAAUGUCCUGCUGGCUGUUUGGAUAGCAAAGCCAAAGUUAUUGGAAGUGUACAUUAUGAAAUGCAAUCCAGUAUUUGUAAAGCUGCCAUACAUUAUGGCAUCCUAGACAAUGAAGGUGGUUGGGUUGAUGUGACUAGGCAAGGGAGGAAAAAUUACUUUAUCAAGUCUUACAGAAAUGGUGUUCAGUCAAUUGGAAAAUACCAAUCUGCUAACUCCUUCACUGUCUCUAAAGUAACAGUUCAGGCUAUCACCUGUGAAACCACAGUGGAACAACUGUGCCCAUUUCAAAAACCAGCUUCACACUGUCCGAGGGUGUACUGUCCUCACAACUGUAUGCAGGCAAAUCCACACUAUGCUCGUGUAAUUGGUACACGAAUUUAUUCUGAUAUCUCCAGCAUCUGCCGGGCAGCAGUGCACGCUGGUGUGGUCCGCAACCAGGGUGGUUACGUUGAUGUGAUGCCAGUGGACAAAAGAAAGGUCUAUGUGGCUUCGUUUCAAAAUGGGAUAUAUUCAGAAAGGUACAGAGCCCAUUUGCAAAGGCUACACUUUACUCUUGGCCUCGAUAAGGUUCACAGUCUUGCAUUGUUUCUGCUUGUACCUGGGGCAGUGCUAGAAGCCAAACAAACAGGCCACAGGGGGUGAUUUAGAGGGCUUGUGUAACAGCAGCUGCGGUGACUUUGGAGAAGCUGUGCUAGUGGAGCUGCCUGCCUCCUCUAAGCUCAUACAUUACCCUGAAAAGCUGCUUAUGAAAUAAAGUACACUCUUGUUUACUUUGCUGGUUCUCUUAAUAUUUAUAUUUCUCUUAAUAUUUAUUUAUUUGCUGGCUCCCUCUCAAUAUUUAAUAAGAAAAUUGCAGUUACUUCUUUAAGGAUUUUUAAAAAAUUAGCAUUAAUGAUGCAGGUUCAUUGGUUCCUGGUGUUCAUUAUUAUGUUCAUUGUUCCUGAUUGGUUCAUUAGUGAUUUACAUGGUAUCGAACCAGUGAUCCUGAAUCAUAUUUAAUACUCACAAGCAUUAAAAUUCACAAUCAUUUAAACAUAUUUUUGAUGUUCUCCUUUUAAUAAUUUGUUUUUAACAGUGUUUUUUGAAAGACAGGGAGAUGCUGUGAAAGUUCACUGCUUGUAUUGAGUGUAUUUAUACAUUAUGUGCUGAUAACACAUGGCUAUAUGUUGCAGAUUUAUUUUAAUCCCUGAAAAGGUUCUCCAGGUUCUUUAGCAAGAAAGAGAAAUUACUAUAAAAACAUUGUACCACUCUUUUUGUCCUGUAAAGCUGAGAAUGUUUCUUAGACGAAAAAUUAUGGUUACCUAAUCAGACGAUAGUCUUUCUGAGAAAUUUGAGUGGGAAAAACUUCAAAAGGUUUCUGUAAAAAACUUAGAAGUAGGAAAAUAAUGAGUAUUUUUGUCUUGUUUUUAAUUGUGGGUAGGAUAAUGUCUUCUCUCUUUCUCUCAGAACUUUCAACAAUUCUGAAACUUGUAAAAUACAGAUUUUCUUUGCUCAAUGGAUGGCUUAUUUUACAUAUUUUUUGAUUUUUCUCUGUGAUCAUCCAAUUCCCUUAGAGUGCUUCCUUACUGACACUUUUGCUCUCUGUAUAAAUUUUCUUGAAUAGAGAGGCAAAUAGGAAGAAUGAUGCCAAUUUGAUAUUUAUACUUUAAUAUAUGUAUUAUAUUCAAUCUAUAAAUAUACAUUUAAGACUAUGUAUAAAUACACAUAUAUUUUCAUAUCAUCUUGGUAAAGUUUGGGAGGUCAGCAGUUUGGAAAAGAGUCACAUGCAAGUUUUCUGUGAGCAGAAGAUGAUGAAUUCUCAUGCAGUUACAGCCAACCUGGUCCAUCGUGCCUUUCCUUGCUUCCACCUCCAUUUCUCUUUCCUUCCCAGAUAAACUUCAGACAGGGUGUCCUGAAGAAAAAGCAGUGGACCAUUAAAUAAGAUGUGCUGGUCCAAUUUCUAAGGCAAAAAUACUCAUUCUAUCAACAUUUCAUUGGAAUUGGGUAUUUUUGUUUCUUUUAUUUUUAAACCAGAUACUUAUCCAUUCAGAAGGCAUUCCCUUUGGUUUUGUUAGAUAUUAGGUCUCUGUAGAAAUCUAUUCUUCAUCUUAAGAGCAACUAAAAACAAAUGACCUCCUGAGUCUGCAAGUUCUCUCCAAACAGAGUUGCUAGAAGACUAAGCAUAAGAUGUAUGUUUUCUCUAUUUCCAAAACACUUUCAGCAUUUUGCUUUAAUUCUUUAAACCAGAAUCCCUCAUCACAAAGGAUUACUUGAAUUUUUUUAUGUUGGAUUUUCUUCCAGUUAAGCUGUUC